UGCGACGUCAGCAGUGCCACGUCAGCAACAGUGCCACGUCAGCAGUGCCCCACCACCAUGACGGGCUCAGCUCUGGGCAUGCCAGGCCAACUGGCCAAUGAGUCCAUUGUCGAGUACCGAGAGCGGUUCGAAGCUCAGCUCGCACUAAUCGAGGCUGAGGAACAGCGCAAGCUGGCAGCCGAGGCUGUCCGCCUACAGGCUGAAGCAGCGGCAACAGUUGAAAAGCAGCGACUUCAAGCCGAAGCUGAAGCAGAUACCCAGGCACGCCGCAAGGAGGCCCAGGAUCUGCUACAGCGGCAUGAAGCCACCAGCAUAGAAAAGCUCAAGUUCUGGCACUUUGAACCAUCCAAGGGGCACGACGACGCAACACCGGAGGAGCAGCAUAAGGAAUUCCUGGCCAAGCUCGUGACCCGGUUGGACUUGGAGCAAGUUGCACCAAGACCGAAUGCUGGCGAGACCAGAAGUGCACCCUCUACCCGCCAGUUGGAGGAACAAGUUAACCACAUAGUCGCAAUGCUCGGCGACAUCAGCACCUUCGCUGCACCAGCCACCAUCAACAAGCAACUGGACACCUUGAAGACCGAGGUUCAGCAACUGCACCAGCUGCCUAACAAGGAUGGCAACACCGUGCAGCAUUACAAGAUGGCCACAUUCCAAAUCGAGAAGUUCGAUGAUUACACGCAUCAAGACCCGGUCAUCUGGUGGGAGGGCUUUACGACGCAACUUCGGAUUCUGUUCGUCCCCAAGCACUCGUACAUCGGCGCAUUGUUCCUCAACUCAAAGGGCGGAUGCCAGAUCUGGUUGAGCCACCUGGCAACCGUCCACGGCGUCGACGUCGCAAAUCUGAAAGAUAAGAUCUCUUGGGAAGAGUUAACAUGGCUAUGGAAGAAGCAGUUCAUCGUGGACGACCUCGCCAUCAACCGCCUCUUCGCUAUGACGCAAGGCAACACAUCGACACGUGACUGGCUCACGGAAUGGCAAAAGAUCGCGGCGACAUCGGAUCUCGAAUUGCCAUUUUCGCACCUGCGCCGGGAGUUCUACAACCGGUCAUGUGCCGCCUUGAGCCUUGCACUUGGUGAUCGCGAGCAAUACGCGACCUUCGCCGAAAUCAUCGACAAGGCAAGGGAGAUCAUCAAGACCAAUAGGGCGGCUGGACAUGAGAAGUUGGCAUGGCAGCCAACCUAUGUGGAGAAAGGAAAAUUUGGUUCGCGUCCGCAGCAUGUCGCUGCAGUCCACACGGACAACAUUGUGGAAGACCCGGCAGCCACCCAAGCAUCACGUGAGGGAGAUCAGGUGGCUACUGUCCAACCGCGAAGCAACAACAAGUCCCGAGGAAACGGGAAGGCGAAAACCCCAUCGUCGGCCGAAAACGGACAGCCAACACCAUGGGUUAAGUUUCACUUGACCGAGGCGGAAUACAAGUGACGUGGCCGCUACGACUGCUGCUAUUGGUGCAGCAACACCAAGCACAAGACCUCCCAAUGCCCGGAUCAA